AUGGAGUCUUUACAACCAACACCAUCUUCAUCGAAUUUAAAUGCAGUAAUCGAUUCCGGAGUAAGAAACUGGCUCGAUCUUCCACGAGAUGCGGUAUUGUCCAUUUUCGUGAAGCUUGACACAAUCGAUCUUCUUGUUCGCGCUCACAAUGUUUGCACCACUUGGCGCAAUAUCUCAAAGGAUCCUUUCCUCUAUCGCACCAUCAACAUGCCUAAUUUGGGCGAACCAGAAAACAACUCUGAUUUAGAGAUUUUAUGUCACCGCGCCAUUGAUUACAGCUGCGGCGAUUCCAUUGAUAUCAACAUCGAGUAUUUUGGCACUGAUGAUCUUCUUUCUCACAUUGCUAAUUCUGCAAGUCAUCUACGAUGCCUUCGUCUUGCACGUUGCUAUAGUGUAACAGAUGAAGGAUUAUGUGAAGUGGUUGGAAAGCAUGCUCACUUGGAGGAACUUGAAAUAUCAAUUAGUGGCGGCUAUUCUCUUGAUUCUUUGGAAGUCAUUGGCGGGUGUUGCCCUCGAUUGAAAACGUUUAAAUUCAACCAUGAAGUAUAUUUACUUCCACAUAUUGUGGAUGACGACGAAGCAUUUGCUAUUGCGAAGUUCAUGCAUGGGUUAUGUCAUCUCCAGCUUAUUGGAAACAAAAUGACUAAUGAUGGGUUGCUUGCUAUUCUUGAUGGUUGUCCUCAACUUGAAUCUCUUGACAUCCGUCAGUGUUUCAAUAUUAAUUUGGAAGGAAGUUUGGCAAAGAGAUGUAAAGAACAGAUCAAGUAUUUACGCCUUCCAAAUGAUUCAACUGAUGACUAUCCAUUUCAAACUGAAGACUAUCCUGAAGGAGGCUAUCAUCCAUAUGGGAUCUCAGAUAUAGAUUUGGAUUUAUUGUCUGAUGAUGAUUAUCAAUUCUCAGAUGGGAGUGAAUUUUCUGAAGAAUUUAAUGUUAACUAUUACUACGACUUUUGA